AUGCGAUUUUAUAUCUUCAUCUUGGUAGCAACGAAUAUAUGCGGUAUCUCUUGGCUCGUAAGAGGAGACAUGUGCCCAAAAACUGGAAGGAAGAAAGACGACGUAUUGGUCAAUGGCCACUGUUUCGAGCUUCAUACUAAUAUUGGUUAUCCUAAUGUGCCACUCUGUACUUACAAUCUAAGGAGCCAUCCAGCGUCGUUCUUUGUUGCAAAGAAUCAAGACUUCAACAAUCGAUGUACUCCUUAUAAAAAGAAGAGUAUAAAUUGCUUCUGUUCAUCAUACAUUGAACUUUGCAGCCGUUAUGUGUGGGCGCAGCUACCAUAUUUCUGGAUCAAGAAUUGUCAUCGUACUGAUUUAUUUAAUAAAAUGAAAGAACAGAAAUGGGUUUACUCGACCUUCGGUCCUACUACGAUAUCAACUUCUACUAUUCCCACCCGUUCUAUGUCUACCGGAACGGCAUCUAAAAAAACUCCUAUUACUCUCAAAACUAAAAGUACCCGAACUACUAGAACUACUACCACCACUAUCAAGCGUUCUACUAGUCCUGACACUAUAACGAUCGUGACAGCUGCAGAAAGGAGUACGUAUUUGACGACUACUAAGAAAGUAAAAGAAAAAAGAACUGUAUUCGUAAGCACAACAUCUACAGCGGAAAGCUCCUCGUUUUCACAGUUGAACACUAGAAGUGUAAAUGGCGAGACAACGGAUUUUCCAGAUGUCGUUGACGAAAUAUCGCCCAAGGAACGAAUUCUUCGAGACCAAAGAAAGAAGAUUCUAAAUCAUUCAACGCUGCUGCUGCUGAUAUUAUCGUCAAUUAUGACUACUGUGCUAGUUGUACAGCUAGUAGUUUUGAGACAACUCAGAAGAAAAUUACUGUCAGAUCAUAAAAGCGGAAUUACAAAGUCCAGAAAUAAACAAGAGAAGAAAUCGCCUGGGAAAGGAAAAAAGAAAAAUGUGAUACAUCACGAUGAAGAAGAGAAAAAUAAACAGAAGGACGCGACAGCCGACAAUGAUAAUGUGACGGAUUUGUACGCACUUUCUCGGAUUGGAUUACAUCCAAAGACAAACUCUAAGGAAGGAUCCACGGAAGGGAAAACUCGCUGA